UGAGACUGGUUUAAGGGAGAAGACAGCAAAGAGAAUUUUAUAAAUAAAACUUUAAAAACUGAGUUGGAAUUCCAAGUACAUGUUAAGGAGAAUAAUAUAGCUAGAUCUUAAACCAAUGCCCAGUGUAUUUGUUCAUUGUGAAGAAAGAGAUGCUUUCAUCUAUCUACAAAGAUUUUUGCUUGGGCUUGUUCUGGAUACCUUAUUUGGAGGGAUUUCCAAAUGACUAAAUUAACAACAUGCCAAAUUACCUGAUACCAAUUUAACUGAUGGUUUAGUGUAAUUCAAUACCAGCAUUCAGAAAUCAGAGGCAUACUAAGAGAUGGAAAAGUUAUCAUAUUAUGGGAUUCCUGUGGGCCAAUACACAGUGACCUAGAACAAACCAGAGCUAGAGCGAACACCUUUAGAAAAGCUUCCACUGAUAAUAUAUUUGGUUCUAGGCAACUAAAAAAACACAUCAUGGAGCUCCGGAACUCCACCUUGGAAAGUGGCUUCAUCUUGGUAGGGAUUCUGAAUGACAGUGGAUCUCCUGAACUGCUCUGUGCUACAAUUACAAUCCUAUACAUGUUGGCCCUGACCAGCAAUGGCCUGCUGCUCCUGGCCAUCACCAUGGAAGCCCGGCUCCAUGUGCCCAUGUACCUCCUGCUUGGGCAGCUCUCUCUCAUGGACCUCCUGUUCACAUCUGUUGUCACUCCCAAGGCCCUUGCAGACUUUCUGCGCAGAGAAAACACCAUCUCCUUUGGAGGCUGUGCCCUUCAGAUGCUCCUGGCACUGACAAUGGGUAGUGCUGAGGACCUCCUACUGGCCUUCAUGGCCUAUGACAGGUAUGUGGCCAUUUGUCAUCCUCUGAAAUACACGACCCUCAUGAGCCCAAGAGUCUGCUGGAUCAUGGUGGCCACAUCCUGGAUCCUGGCAUCCCUGAUUGCUAUAGGACAUACCAUUUACACUAUGCACCUCCCUUUCUGCAUGUCCUGGGAAAUCAGGCAUCUGCUUUGUGAGAUCCCACCCUUGCUGAAGUUGGCCUGUGCUGAUACCUCCAGGUAUGAGCUUAUAAUAUAUGUGACAGGUGUGACUUUCCUCUUGCUCCCCAUUUCUGCCAUUGUGGCCUCCUACACACUAGUCCUGUUCACUGUGCUUCAUAUGCCAUCAAAUGAGGGAAGGAAGAAAGCCCUUGUCACCUGCUCUUCCCACCUGAUUGUGGUAGGGAUGUUCUAUGGAGCUGCCACAUUCAUGUAUGUCUUGCCCAGUUCCUUCCACAGCCCCAAACAAGACAACAUCAUCUCUGUUUUCUACACAAUUGUCACUCCAGCCCUGAAUCCGCUCAUCUACAGCCUGAGGAAUAAGGAAGUCAUGGGGGCCUUGAGGAGGGUCCUGGGAAAAUACAUGCUGCUGGCACAUUCCACACUCUAGGGAAGGAUCAUGGC